AUGGAGGAGCAAGGUGCGCCGACCAAGAAUGGGCAACAAAUGUUGUCCCACUUGCUGGCCGUCGCGUACCAUGUGCUGGAGGAGAUCAAGUACAUAAAUCUGAAGCCACCACUUCGUCCAAGCUCCAAGCUGUUCGCUGUUGAUGCGCCAGCCCCGGGCUCACCCCCACGCUCCCCCACCGAGGCUGACACACCGCAGGAUGAGACACAACCGGACGUGAACGGGCUGGCCGCGGGCGCCACGCACACGCAAACAGGUGGACACAGUCACCCCAUUGUUCUUCCAUACUCACCAGAGGAGAUCCAGGACACGUACACGAAGAUUGCGGCUCUCAAAGCUCAGUACAUCAAGAUUAGCACCGAGUUGCUGGAGACUGUCAAGAAAGUGGAGGCCAAGACGACACCGCAGCAGGAGGACAAGGACACGAUGGCGAAACUGGUGACGAGGAGAAACCAGUUGCGCAAUGAGGUGUACGAGAGGAACUUGGUGAUGAAAGGGCUUAUCGAUCGGCUGCGCAAUCUGCAGCACUCGAUCCGCCUGAUGAAGGGAGGCAGUGCGUACCCGCCCAACAUCGUCAUGGAGAGCGUUUAGAGUCAAAAGACUAAACAGGCAUUGCCUCUUUUAAUUAAUCAGAAUGCCAUCUACA